AUGGACUCUGCUGCCUCUGGUGUGCAGCCGUCGGCAGACGACGCCGUGCCUGAGGAGCUGCAGACGUUCAUGGCAGAGCUGAGCCGUCUUGAGACGGCAUCGAGGUCAUGUGCGCAGCAGCUGGCCCGCGGAAAGGCAACGGAGCGGGAGCUGAGCGAGCAACUGGCGGCGGUUACCUACGUAGCGCAGAAGGCGCGACACGCAAGGUUGCAGCUGGAGCUAGACGCAUCCGCCACGCAGGUCAGGACAGAAGGGGCGAGGCGCGAGGCCGCCGAAGAUCGACGGCGGCUAAGUCACAUUACCGCUCAGCUGCAUGGCGUUAAAGCGCGCAGCAUAUCUCUUGACACACAGAAUGAAGAGGAACAGGGUGUCAGCUGCCACGACAUUCCGUGUGACGCCACAGUAGGCAAGACGGAAACAGCGAUCACAGGGAGCAUGACUACGUCAUCGGACGCCUUCGCAGAUGACCCCCAACUGUAUCGCUCUCUCAGCUGCAUCCAUACACAUCCACGGCUGUCACACGUUCUUCUCACACCUCUUGUGCGGCUACUCCGAGAACUGGGUCUGCAGUACACGGCAGCUCUCGACGACAAGCACCUAGCUGACCGGGUGGCGCCUCCGCUGCACUUGUUGUGGUCGUUGGAUGCCUUUCAGGUGUGGUUGCGCGAGCGCGCCUGUGGUGCGCUGACGGAUGAGGACAUGCGCUCUCUUUUAUUCAUUGCAACGGUGGCAGAUUGCCACGCCGGGGGCUGA